CGUGUGUAAAUGUUGAGCCACUCACAGCCAGCAGCCUGGUCAGGUUUGACUGUGGUCUUCUCGUAGUCAGCACUAGGGUUUGGUGUAAGGUUGCGUGUAUACCGUGUGACAGGAUCACAUGGGUGUGUUUAAUGCAUGAUUAGUAUGUGUUAGUACAUUCCAAGAUCCAAAUACAAGAGAUUGUCGUAUUAACUAGCAAAUAUGAUGGAUACUUUAUCGCUGGACACACCAAUGCGAUUCUUGUGAAGGAGUUUAUGUCUAAGAUGCUUUUGAUGAUUUAGAGAACUUUACUGGAAAAGCAGGAAGAUCUGCCUACAUUGUAAGUGUCCUCGGGAGGACCAUUACAUCAUGUCUGGGGAUCAAGAGAAGACAGUUAGUAGAAUGAUGACUGAUUUUCAGAGGAACUCAACAUCUGAUGACGACAGUGGAUGCGUGUUGGAGGAGUAUACAUGGGUGCCUCCAGGCCUCAAACCAGAACAGGUUCACCAGUACAUGAGUGCUCUUCCAGACAAUAAGAUCCCAUAUGUAAACAGCGAUGGUGAGAAGUAUCGCAUCAAGUCUCUGAUGCAGCAGCUACCACCUCAUGACAACGAGGGACGCUACUGUAAUGGGUUGAGUGAAGAGGAGAAGAGGGAACUAAAGCUAUUCAGCACCCAGCGGAAGAGGGAGGCUCUAGGAAGGGGAUCAGCAAGACCUUUACCUCUUACCCUGGCAGGAUGUGUCUGUUAUCAGUGUGGUAAUGCAAUCUGCGGUGGUGAUAUCGCAAUCUCAGCCUCUAGGGCUGGUCAUAACGCCUGCUGGCACCCGGCAUGCUUUGUCUGUACCGUCUGCAAGGAACAACUAGUAGACCUGAUAUAUUUCUUCCGUGAUGGCAAGAUACAUUGUGGCAGACACCAUGCGGAGUCCCUUAAGCCUCGCUGUGCCGCUUGUGAUGAGAUCAUCUUUGCUGAUGAGUGUACCGAGGCAGAAGGUCGCAGCUGGCAUAUGAAACACUUUUGUUGUUUUGAGUGCGACAAAGAGCUUGGUGGUGAGCGUUACAUCAUGCGGGAAGGGAAACCCUACUGUUGUACAUGCUUUGAGACCAUGUUUGCUGAGUACUGCGAUACCUGUGGGGAACCUAUUGGUGUAGACCAGGGGCAGAUGUCACACGAGGGCCAACAUUGGCACGCCACCCAGAAAUGCUUUCAAUGCUGUACUUGUGGGACGUCGCUACUAGGCCGACCUUUCUUGCCCAAGCAUGGACUGAUCUACUGCAGUGGAACUUGCAGCAGAGGAGAGAAAGCUCCACAGGAGAUGGAUGAUCCCAUGGGAUUAGGAUCUCCCAAGAUGAGCCGUAGUCGACGUCCAAUCAACGUAGAGGAGCUCAAUCUAGACAACUUGUCUGUAGUGAAGAAAGAGGAGGAGAGGACCCAGCAGUCUAUUCAUAGAUCUCGGAAUCUAUCUCGUCAUUCUCUCCCUGACUUAAGGAGACAAUCUCAGACAGCGGCUGAAGAUAGGAGACGAGCUAGUGUAAGAACUGCUGCUGAAAAGAGACGUAAUAGCACAGCUUCUGCACAGAGUCGCCACUUAAAGACAGAUAAGGCUGACAGUCAAUAUCAACCUCCCCCAAACACGGAACAGAUACAGCGUAGAGGGGCAAGCGAAGUAAGAACUGCCACCAAUACAAUUGGAGGCUCUCAGCGAACUCGCUCCACGCACAGCAUCAAUGAUGAGCGCUAUAUAAUCCCUCGGACUGAUAGUAGUUAUAGACAUGGUCUGGUACCCAAGACUAAUGCUAACUAUCAUAAUGGAAUGAGAAGGCCUGAAACAAUGGGACACUACGGAACCCAACCAAGGAAUCCACGUGAGAAUGAUUACUUUGACAGGAAAUCCAACGUGUACCACUCAGAGAGAGUAACUGGACGAUCUCGAUCAGAGGUCACUUUAGACCAGAGAGCUGCCAUGGAUCGUUACGCUCGCGGGCGUAGACGUGGUUACCAUGAUGACUACAUCUCAAGCUCAUCAUCUUCAGAAGAUGAGGAUUAUUUCAGUCCGAGUGAUCAGGGCAAGCCAAGGAUUCGAUAUGUAGAGACCUACGCAAGGGCGCGGUCACAGUCACAACCAUCCAAUCAGAAACAGCCUGGUAGUCGCAAGAAAUCCAAGAGGAAAACAAAGAACUGUAUCGUUUCCUGAGUGCGGGGGAGGUGUAAAACUUUGAACUGUAUUGUUUCCUGAGUGCUGGACGUUAUAAAACAAAGAACUGUAUUGUUUCCUGAGUGGUGGACGUUAUAAAACAAAGAACUGUAUCGUUUCCUGAGUGGUGGACGUUAUAAAACUUUGAACUGUAUCGUUUCCUGAGUGCUGGACGUUAUAAAACUUUGAACUGUAUUGUUUCCUGAGUGGUGGACGUUAUAAAACAAAGAACUGUAUCGUUUCCUGAGUGCUGGACGUUAUAAAACAAAGAACUGUAUCGUUUCCUGAGUGCUGGACGUUAUAAAACAAAGAACUGUAUCGUUUCCUGAGUGCUGGACGUUAUAAAAC